AUGCCCACAACAGCAUUUAUUUGUAGAUCUUUGUUUGAUCGAAUAUUCUUCUCUUGGGUGUACGACGAUUUGGUUCAGCCUUUGAGAACCAUAGUCGACUCGAAAUUACAAAAAAAUAAUGCCAAGCAACCAUCACCCUCGACCGAUUCUUCAAAAUUUAAUCCAUCAUUGAACCCUUUGUUUUCACUAGGAGAUCCUUCCGAAGAGAAGAAAAGAAAAUGUAAAAAACAGUUUGAGUAUAUACAGCAAGAAACAGCAGACAGAUACGAUCACAUUGAUAAUACUCGUGAUGAUGAAUUUAUUAAUAAUAAUUUCAAAGAGAUGAGUCUAACAAAAGCAGCCAUCAUUCUCCACAAACUCUUUGGGUGGGAAUUCACAAACUUCAUUGAUAUACUGGAGUUUCUUUUAUAUGUCCUGAACUUUAUCGUUAAAAUUGCAAGCUCAGCUUCAUUUCAUUAUUUAGACUUUAUGCGAUUUAAAGAUAGAAAACAUAAUGUUGAAUGUAUGCGAGAAGAGUUUUUAAAAGCCAUCUCAAAGAUAUCAUUUAUUCAAAAGCAGAAAACGAAUUUUGGAAAAGUGUCCACCAUACUUGAUUCUGACAUUAGUACGGUAGCAAAUGCAAAGUAUGAUCUACAAGAUUUUCAUGCCCAUAUUGCAUAUGUAAUACUCAACUUUGUCACAAUGGCCAAUAUUAUUGGGGUUAAGGCUUCUUGUUCUGGAGUAGCGUUUCUUGCCCUCAGCACUCCAAUAUACCACCACUUUAUGAAGAAAAGGGAAGCGAAACAAAAAGAAGAGAUUGGUCUUACAGAAAAUAAGUCCAGUUUUAUCACACAAUUUUUACUAUCUAUCAAACUAAUUAAGGUUUAUACUUUAGAAAUAUUUUUUAACAACAAGAUCAAAGAUAUUCAAGACAGUAUUGGAAAAAUCAGAACUAUUGAAAUUGGAUAUAAUUUUCUUAUCAAUUCUAUACACUAUACCCAAACAGCUCUAUUUUCAUCAAUUACAUUUUUUGUGUUUUGUUACAUGGAUGGAAACUCAUUGAAGCUUAGUUCUGCGCUUUGCGUGAUUGAGUUAGUUGACAGUCUCAAAUGGCCACUCUAUAAUCUAUCUUCAGAUAUUCAGGCGUUAUUUUCCAAAAGACUGUCCAUCGUCAGAAUCGGUCAAAUUUUGAACAGUCCAAAAUACUCAUUCCAUACUAAUUAUUUAGAUGAAAAUUCAAACACAAUUAUUGAAAUGAAAAAUGUACAUGCUACAUGGUCUUUUUCACAACGGGUGGUGGACGAGAAACGGCUUGAAAUGGUUCUCUGUGCUUCAGAUUUAAAAAACGACGUUGCACAAAUGAAAAAUGGUGUUCUGCAAGUGAUAGGGCAACGUGGAAUUAACCUUAGUGGAGGGCAGAAAACUCGUCUUGCAUUGGCAAGAGCAUUAUACCACAAUUCUGACUUGUACCUUUUUGAUGAUAUUUUCUCAGCUCUUGACAUUCAUACAACCUAUAGAAUUUUAAACGCACUAUUCACAGGAGAAGAACCAAUGCUGAAAAACAAGACAGUAAUUCUGUCAUCUCAUCAAUUACAAUUUCUUCAACAUAUGGAUUCAGUAAUUGUCAUGGAUAAGGGACAAAUUGUGGAGCAAGACCAUUUCGACCAUCUUUGCAAAAAGCUUAACAAUCUUCUUCCAAAUCAGUCGACCCCUUUUUCAGAUUUAAUAUCGUCUACGGCAACUAUUAAUGAUGUAUAUGAGAACGGCUUUGUGAAAAACAACCCAAAUGAGCCAAAUACAACCACCUCUCAAAACAAAGAAAAUAAUGGGAUUAUGGACGCCAUUGCUAACACAGCUAAAAAACAACCAAAGCCUGUAAACUCCAAACUGAUGUUGGUAAUUGAGUUCCUUUUCUCAUUAGGCUCUCUAAAGAGUGGAUCAUUCAUAUUUGCUAUUUUGUGCUUGGGAGCACUUGAAUACACAAUGGUGGUAUCUUCAGACGUAUUUCUAUCCGAAUGGACAAGUGACGAAAACUUUCAUAACCACUCCUUGGCCUUCUACACGAGCAUCUACAAUAUUCAUGGAAUACUGAUAAUGAUUGCUAAGUGUGUUAACAAGAUCUUGAUUGGCAACUUUCUGUAUAUCCUUGCUGGUAUUUGCCAAGAAACUCUUUUGAAAAAAUUAGCUGAAGCAAAAUUAUCUCUGUACGAAGAUAUGCCUAGUGGUCAUAUACUGCAAUAUUUCAGAUAUAUUGAUGAAAUCAGAAAUGAUAUUAGCUGGAAAUUUUAUGACCUCAUAUCGACAGCUUGGGAUGGGUUAAUAGGAAUUGUGAUGGUGUUAUACGCAUUCCCACAAUCAGCGUUUCUACUUGUAAUACUCAUACCGAUUACCAAUUAUUACAGAAACAUUCAUACAAGUGUGUCAGAGUACAUUAGAGAUCUUCAACAAGAAACACAUGACCCAACCAUGACCAUUGCGAACGAAAUUUUAGAUGGAUUAGAUACCAUACGAGCAUUUGGGCAUGAUAAAUUUGAUUUUUUGAUUGAGGAAAUUCGUGAAAAAAAGAAACCUAAAACCUCUUUAGAAUAUUGUUUGGAAUUGUUGUGGAUGUGGUUCUUUUGGAGAAAUACCUUUUUUCGAGAAUUUGCCAAAUCAUUAUGCUUACUUGGUGCUUUUUUUGUGUCAACCAUGCAGCAGCAAACCAUCCUUCUUUAG